GCAAUGACACUCACUCUGUGAUGCUUCCAUGUGUCAAAGACAGAGAAAAGAUGGACGACAUAGACGCCAUGUUCACUCACCUGCUCGGAGAGAUGGAUCAUCUCUCUCAGAGUCUGAAGACUGAAGGUGACUCACCAGAAGCGGAUUCUGCCGCCCAGACAGAAAAAACCUUCUCCAUUGGCUUCAACGACCUGAAUGAGUCUCUUAAUGAACUGGAAGACAAUGAUCUGGAUGCUCUAAUGGCUGACCUGGAAUCAAAGUCAGCCGCGCAGGAACCCGUUACUUCUGAACCAAACAUUGGCGGUACAAACGAUCAAACUGCACCACCCGCAACGACUCAGAAACAUGAGCCAGCCACUGCCCUUCCUCCUCCGCCAGGCACAGAUGUAUCCUGCAGGGACAUGCAAAUGAGAGAACCCCAAACAAAAGCAGAGAAAAUAAAAGUAGCUCUAGAGAAGCUGAAAGAAGCCAAAAUGAGGAAGUUGAUUGUGAAGGUGCUCAUGAGUGACGGCAGCUCCAAGACGCUGAUGGUGGACGAGAGGCAAUCGGUGCGAGAGGUCUUGGACAAACUGUUUGAGAAGACGCACUGUGACUGCAGCACUGUCUGGAGUCUGUGUGAGACCAACCCCGAAUUGCUGAUUGAAAGAACCUUUGAGGAUCAUGAAUAUUUGGUGGAACCACUGUCUACUUGGACUCGGUACAGUGAAAACAAAAUCUACUUUUUGCCAAGACCACAAAAGUAUGUGAUGUUCACAGACCCUCAGAUAUUUUACAUGUGGAAAAAGGAUAAGGCAGCAUUGAGUGCGAUUAACCAGCAGGCUAAAGAUCUCCUUGUCAAGGAGAAUUUUGGGGGUUCGACUUUGAUCGUUCCCGACCUAGAGGGCACACUUUACCUCAAAGAAGAUGGGAAGAAGGUUUGGAAACCGCGCUACUUUGUGCUCAGGGCUUCGGGCAUCUACUUUGUGCCCAAAGGAAAAACAAAGUCUUCGACUGAUCUCGCCUGCUUUGUCCAUUUUGAAAAAAUCAACAUCUAUAUGACCAAGAACUACAAACAGAAGUACAGAGCUCCCACCAACUUCUGCUUCAUGCUAAAGCACCCAUGCAUCCAGAAAGACUCUCCCUACAUCAAAUUACUUUGCUGUGAUGACGAAAAAACGCUGGUGCUUUGGGUCAACUCCAUCAGAAUAGCCAAGUAUGGAACUGCCCUGUAUAAAAACUACCAGGCAGCGAUGAAGAGAGCUUCUCCUAUGAAAACCCUUCAGUCUGCUGCAUAUAAAGAAAAAUCCAGUGGUCACACCCCUCAGCCGGGUCUAUCAGCACCCAAAACUGCAAACCAUACUGAAGACUACGAAUAUGAGCCACCACCCGACUUCAUCCCUCCUCCCCCUCCAGAACGUACAUCCCUUUGAGACUUUGUGUACAUCGCGAAUUAAUCUCAGAUAGCCUCGAUUUAGCCAGUUUCUCCUAAAAUAAGGCUGCAGUUACACAUAAACACAUAGCAGUGGUAAGAUAUAAGCGCAUGUUUUGAAAGUUAUUUAUUCACAAAUCUAUAUUUAUUUGUGGUUUUUAUUUGGGGGCACAAACAUACAGUAGACAGCAUGUUUACAGUAUGCUGCGGAUUGUUUCCAUCUUUUGAGACAGCUCAUUGGCACAAAACUCACAGUGCUGUCAUUUGUUUCAUCCAGCUGUUUAUUACAAAAAAGGCUGUACAUAAAUUUCAAUGAACACAUCCUAUGUACAAACUGAGAGGAGAAGACAAAUAUCGGAUUCUGCUCCAAUGAACAUUAAAGUUUCGGAUGUUUUUUUGUUUGUUUUUCUUUUCAUUUCCACAAAUGAUCAUAAGAAAACGCACAUCAAAGAAAGGCGCCUUGACCUGUGAUGCCCUGAAAUGCUAGAGACGUUAAGUGGUAAACAUUACAAAGUUUUGCACAUCGGUGGUUGUCUCAUGAUUACUCUAUGAAAAAAGUAAGUAUAAAUAAAUCAUUUACAUAAAACUGCUAGCGAAUCCUUCCUCAGCAGUCUCACACGUAAAAAGAAGCUGAAUGCAGAGCUAGAAAUACAUCAGGUAGAAAAAGUCCUCACAAAACAAAAUGACCUC